AUGUCUUCGGCGAGAAGGGGAAGAGCAGAAGUAGCCCCACGCCCAAUCAAAAAAGCUCUGCACUGCUACAAACCUAUUCGUCUUCCUCGAAUAGCCUACCGUGCCUAUAACGUCCUUAGCAAUGGCAUGAAUGGCCCCACUGGAUUCACGGCUGGAAAAUAUGUAGAUAUUCCUGUGCGGACUCCCAGCAAGUCAGAUAAGCGCACUGCAGAGUUUGAAAAGGCUGUCAUCAACCAUCUGCGGAAGGACUCGACAGAGCCGAGUCCAUUCAUCUCGGCGACGCACGAUUUCUUGCGUGUUAUUCACAUCGCAGAAGAGAAGAGGAAAGCAGGCUUCCCGGUUUCCAUCGCUGUCAUCGAUCUCUGGGAAGUUGCCCGGCCAUGGGAAAGGGCAGCACGAAGCGGACGACAUGUGCACUACGUCAAAUCAUUGUUUGACUUUUUGGCCUUGGAGCAAUGGCAAAAGCAUCUCUACUAUGGCCAAUCCGAAUAUCUGAUAUGGGGUCAAGUAAGAGCCAGCGCAAUCAUUGCUACCUUUUCAAUGGACCAACUGUUCCGGAAAUUUGCUACCUCGACACUGUCGCUAUCGUUCAUGCAUUUAGAUAUCCUUACAAAGUGCAAACGCAUUAGGGAGUUUCGGGUGACGUGUGUAAGAACCGCAUCCACCAAAGAUCACGGGCUGGCUAUUGGCUAUCUGAUCAAUUGCAUUGGCGUCGCCGAUGAUCUAGUUACCAUUUUUGUAUCGGAAAUCUUAAGAUCUUUCCAAUUUAGAAUCGCUGAAGCGGAUAAAUCAUUUUUGGCUGCUAUUGCUCAGGGUGUCGUCGUUCCGGGUGGAGAUGAUGCUAGUGUCGUCAAACGUCGAUUCAAAUUCAUUUUGAAGGGAUUGCUGCAACGUUGCAGAUUGGCCGAUAAUAUAGAAGAGCUCUUCAGCGAGCGAGAGCUGGAGCAGUGUAUAACGGAGGAAGUGGUAAACGGAUGGGUCGUAUAA